AUGCCAAUCCAACAUGGCGGUUACAAACUCCGAAAUAGUCGAAAGAUUUUCAUCUAUUUUGGUCUGUUUAUACUGUUGCUAUACAUAUCUAUAACCUUUUACUCAGCGUACAGUUUGUUCGAAAAUACAAAAAACGUGAGUAAUGGUAAAAAAAUUAAUAGUAUUCGCGACGAGCAGAAUUUGAUCCAGGUUGAAGUGUGGGGAAAGGCCGCCAUUGGGCUCUACUUUUGGGAGCAUAUCAUGGAAGGACGUCUUCAAAGGCACGACAAUGAGCUUGUAAAAGUAGGUGAAAAAAUAAUUAAUAACAUUAAAUUCAAGUUUAGAACAGGAGCAGGAAUUAUACCACAAAAUGCUCCACGCGGAGCCGAAAAUCUUGUUCUUAUAAUAAAUGGAAGAUCUGAAGAAAAAAUAAAAUUUGCUAAAAUGUGGCUAGACUCAUUAAGAAAAUUGCCCAAAUUAAAAAAUACUGCCGUGAUCUUAUUGGGUAAUGAGCAGUGUAACAAUGAGUGGUUAUUACCAUAUAUGGUAAAUGAAGGUGGAUCAGUUCGCAUUGCAUUCAUUGUGUAUGAUAUUACAAAUUUGAAUUACAAUACAUUUCAAUGGCCAUUAGGUGUAGCAACCUAUAGAAAAUUUCCUAAAAUUAACCCCCAUAAAAUAGAAAUAUCAAAGUAUCGGCCUUACAAGUGUAACUUUCUGGGAACAGUCUAUCGCAAUUCUUCAAGGGAAAUCCUCCAGAAGGUGUUUUAUGAAAAUAAGCUUUAUUUAGCUUGUUAUUUAAGACUAAGAGAGGAGUGGCAGCCAAAUGAGAGUAAAGAGACUGCAGAAGAAUAUUAUCACACUUUACUAAACAGUGAUUUGACUUUGUGUCCAGUUGGUAUAAAUGCUGAGUGUUAUCGUAUCUAUGAAGCAUGCUCUCUGGGCUCUGUGCCUGUUGUUGAAGAUGUCAGAACUCGAGGAAACUGUUCAAUUGCUCCCUUAAGACUUCUUAAACACUACAAAGCACCUUUUAUUUACCUUAAAUCAUGGAAAGAGUUGCCAGGAAUUCUGGCGAAAGAAAAGCUUUUGACUUUUGAAGAUAAGAAAAACAGGAGGCUGAAGUUGCUUCAGUGGUAUGAGAUGUUCAAAAAAAAGCUUCAACGCACAUUUGUUGCGCAGUUGGAAAAAACACUUUUCAGUUCUAGCCUGUAACACGUUUGUCAUGAUUAGGUUGAAUCAUGUAAUGGAAAUUUUGAAAGGGAUUUCCCACAAUAACUAAUAUAUAUAAUUAAUAACAAAUUAGGUUUAUCAAUCAAAUAAAGGAGAGCGAAGAAUUGCCAAUUAUGAACAUGCCUCAUCUAUUAUCGAGAAAUCAGUGGUAAAAAAGAAAAACUGUUCUUUAAAUUUAUCAAGUAUUUAAGAAGCAACAUGGCUGACUUUGCUAUUGUGAGCAGUGAUCAUAUGUAAGCACCAAACCACCAGUUGGUUGUGGAAAGGUCGCUGGUUGUACAACGAAAUUUCUUGUUAGGCGUUGUGUAGUAGCCAAAAUCAUCCUCGUAACGUACAGCACCGGCGCUAGCAUCGAAUUGACAUCCUCCUGGAAUAGUGCUGUCGAUGUGUGGUGCGUAUCUGUUCAAUAAUUGCCACCAUUUUGACGUACAGUAAGCGCAUUGAUGACCACGGAUAUUUACAUACUCCACUUUCUUACAAAUACCAAAUCCAGUAAAAGUCAUCACAUCAAAAUCUGUGAACUUUGCUCUUACAUAAUCUCGAUAGUCAACUUUGAUCUUCGGAUACUCGCAUGUUACUCUCCAAUGGGUCGACUGUGAUUUCAGAUAAGUCAUUUGAGAGUUGCUCAUACGAUAAAGGUAAAAGUUGGGCGAGUUUUCGUUCACUGGGGCAUUUUGUUGAAAGCCUUUCUUAGAGAGCUGUUCUAUUACUCUGUUUUUCAAUGCAAACGACAUGACCAACGUCCAGGCAGAUCCAGGUUCGGAUGUCAUGUCACAGUAAACAGUAAUCAUUUUUCUUGCAUUGCAAUCAUAGAUUUUGUAGAAAUCAUUUGAUGUGUAGCCUUGUUUUAGGUAAUCCAGACAGCUUUGAGGGGUAAUUUCGAGCUAUGAUGGAAAAAUGUCAGGUUUAAAUGCAUGACAUAUGGAAAAGUUUUCACUUAGACCUACACACAAUUAUAUCUUCUGUAUGUUAAAGAAUUUUACUUUUACUUGAUGCAAUUAUACCCUGAGCGUUAUUAAACAAAUUUCCAUA